AUGGCCGACCAAGAAGAUGUCACUGACAUCAUGGAACAAGAAAACGUCGUCGUUGUGGACGGCGGGGCUUCUAGCGGAUUACCAACGACGAUGGUAGUGACCAGCGAUGAUGGUAUGAUGGUGGCUAGCGCUGAGGACUCUACCGAGCCUUCUUUGGAUCAACCACAGCAGCGGGUCGAAGAGGAAGUUGGAGGCAUCCUAGAACAGGCCAUAGCCUCACAUAAUCUUGUUGAGUUCACUCAAUCCUCAGUUGACAACAACAGUUCCACGACGAAGAGUGUGGUAAGUGUAGUUGGGCCGUCUGGAGAUAUUGUAAAUACAGUCGUCAACACUGCUGUUCUUUCUCAGAACAACAAUACUACAGAAAAUACACAUGAGUCAACAGUCACCACGGACCCAGUCAUCAGUAAUAAUAACACUAUGGAUACAACUGUUGUCUCCAGAAACAACACUGACAGUGUUGUUAAUAAUGUUGUGUCCAGUGUUUUGUCCAUUCCUCAGGUUGUACACUUGCAAACAACACAGAUACAGCAACAAGAGCUUCCAGCCGUGUCAACACAAGAACAACAACAACAUCAUGGAAUUGGACAUGCUACUGUCGUUAUGGUCGCAGCUGACCAAAGUGGCAGAGGUUCUCAACAUGUUGAAGAUCAAGAACCUUCUCCGUCACCAACACCACAACAACCAGUUGCCAUCGAAAACCACAGAUACGUUGAUGGAGCUGGGAAUUUUACUGUUGUGGCCCCUGCAAACUCUUCCCAUGCUCAGCAACAUAAUUCGUUAUCACAGGCGAUCGUAACUUCUACAACCGACAUUGGAAGUAGUGGUAUUGCAGACGACAGUACUGGCAUAGUCCACCAAGCAUUGUCACAUCAAACCCUAGUCAGUCAACACGCGGGUUUGACAGCUGCCCAUGUGCUAGCUGCUACAUCGGGUGUAACAACUACUGUCGCUGAUAACAGUAAUGACAACACUACCGCCACUAACAUCGGCGAUGAAGUAAAUAAUGACACUGAAUGCAAUGAAAUGGUUGUGCACCACCACAUGCAGGCAAUUCAUCAUCCACAAGAACAAGACGAGGAUGCUGCCCUUGAUGAGGAAAUGGAUCCUGAUGAGAUGGCAGCUCAGAGUGUUGACCAGCAAUUAGUUAACAGUGAAGGGAUUGUAGAAAACGGACAGCUGGACCCAAACGAAGAAGGGGUCGAUUCGGAAAUGGAGAAUGACCAUGUUCAGUCUUCAAACGGUAUCUCCUCGGGUAGCAUUAGCAUCACUUUAGCCCCUUCCAAUGAUGAAAGCGGAGCACCAUUGGGAUCUAGUCAAAAUCCAAUUCGGAUCAUUCAGCAAGGAAACCAAUACACGCCUUUACAACAGCUGACUACCGACCAACUGCAGCAAAUCAUGCAAGUAGUGCAACAACAACAACUGGCUCGCAACACCCAGGCCGAAGGGUCCAGCAUAUUAUAUAACCCCCAAACAAACACCAGAAUUGUGUACAAAGUUAUUUAUCCGUCCGAGCUGCACAAAUCAGCUGGGAGUGGGGCCAGCACUGAAGUCGGGUCGGACGGUAGUAUUUCGCAAACUCAGGUUGAGACCCAAUCACAAGGACAACAGACUGUUACUUUCAAUCAGUUGCCCAGGCGACCCUACCGUCGGAGAAAUAAGGAAGAAGAGGAGAAAAUCGACGGUCCAGAGUUGACUAAAGAGGAGAAAGAGGAACGAAAGAAACACCGUCCGAGGACGCGAUCGGGCCGAGUUUCCAAGCCACCCAAACACAUGGUCAAAGACUAUAAACAUAUCCACGUGUUGGAUUGGGAUGAAGAUUACGAUGACUCCGACGGUGGCUAUUCAGAUUUCAAAUAUAGUGAAGAUGAGGAAGCAGAAAGAAGAGCAGCUGCAGCCGCCCAAGGGAACUUGGAAGGAAUUGAUGAACCUUACAUUCAUCCAGGUAAGCAAAGGGGGAGGGGUGGAGGAAUAAAUUAA